UCAAUAAGGAGCGAAGUAGUGUGAGGCGCCGUCUCUUCAACCUCUUCCUCCUCCAUUUCGCUUCUUUUCUGAGGUUUUUAUUGUAAAAGUUUUACACCAUAUCUUAUUUCGCGAAAACCCAGAUUCUUCCUGGAAUCUUAUUUCCUCUGAAAGUGACAGGUGGAUUGAAGAAACUGCAACGAGAGAAGAGUCAAAAAGCCUGAGAAAAUUUACAGUCCAUUUUAUCUUAAUGAGGUUGUGCUUGGAUGGUAGAGACGGUUUUGAGUUACGAUGAGCACACGAAGAAACAACGGCUUUUCCAAAGCUGACAAAGUUUGUGGGCCGAAUUGGAUCUUAAUCGCAGGAGGUGCCUUGUUGAGCACUUUCUCCAUCCGCUUUGCCUGGAGACUUAGGCACUCGUCUCACCCUCUAUCCAAUUCCUCCUCUCUUGGAUUUCAAGCCAAUGGAACAUCUGAGAGGGAAAAAUCUUUAGGUUGUUGUUUGCACUCCAGCAAAUCUUCCUGUGCACAUAAUGAUGAGUAUUGUUGCUUCCACUCCAAUUCAGGAACUGAGCAUUUGGAGGGAAAAGAGGAGCCAAACGAGCAAAUGGUAUCUGCAUCUGACACUUCACUGCCUCUUGUGACGCUUCCUGCUCCAUUAUACAGCAAGGAGGAUGGGGUCAUGUGGACUUCUUCUCCUGAUCGCCUGGAACUUCCCCCAAAACCAUACAAUCACCAUUCCACCUGCUCGGAUUCUCCUUGCGUGUCUGAAACCAGCUCAGACAUCUUCAGCAAACGAGAAGUAAUUCAGAAACUGAGGCAACAGCUGAAGAGGCGCGACGACAUGAUACUUGAAAUGCAGGAACAGAUUCUAGAGCUGCAGAACUCGUACAACGCACAGAGGGCACACUCUAGCCAUCUCCAGGCACAGGUAGACUCGAUGAAUAGAGAUCUGUUCGAAUCAGAAAGAGAAGUUGAGAGACUGAGAAAAGCAAUCGCUGAUCACAGCGUCGGAUGCACAGGUAGCAAUGGAAAGACAUCUCCUGUUGCACCUUGGAGUAAUGGUUUUAUGGAGAGCGAGAACAAUUACGAGUCAGUGGAAAAGGGAUCAAGGGAUGGAGAGAGAAUAGAGAUGCUGAGAAAGGAAGUGGAGGAGCUGAAAGAAGUGAUAGAUGGGAAGGAGUAUCUACUUAGGAACUAUAAAGAGCAGAAGAUUGAGCUAUCACAGAAGGUGAAAGAGUUGCAGCAGAGAUUGGACUCCCAGUUCCCAAACAUAUUGUAGGUUUAAGAGCUAGAGCAUUGUGCAUUCUUGCUAGUUGCUUCUCUUCUUUUGGUUUUGGUAUUUUCAGCUUCUUUGAGAGAAAAUAAACGAUGUAGUAAGCUCAUCUUUGGAGUCUCACUCUAGAGAGAAUAAAUUUCAGGUUCUUCUCUCUCUGGCUUUAGCUUUGGUUUUCGAAUGUUUUGAUUUUGUUUGUGGUUGUGUCUUGUCUCUGUUUUGAAUGUAGAGGAAAGUAGUCGUUGAAGAUUUUGUUUGUGGUUGUGUCUUGUCUCUGUCUCUGUUCCUAUAAAGAGAAAUGGAUUAACAGUUGGAAGGA